AUGGAAGUGAAUGGUGAACCAGAUAUAACGGGUAUUUUCAGCGCGGCUUUAAUGCCAUUGAAAGAUAUGAAAGAUGCAGAUAUUUUGGACCAGUAUGAAAUGAACAUGGCUGAGGGAAAUAUAACACCUGACGUUCUAGAACAUUUAUCUCAAAGAACUACACAGAACCAUAGAGAUGGUAUAUUUGGUGAAGAGUUUAGAAAGAAAGUUAGGGAGAGAGAAGGAAGAGAACCUAUUGUACAUGACCUUGCAAACGAAAGUUUGCAAAAUGUCAUAAAAACUUACUUUGCAGACAAUGAAAUGAGAAGGGAUGAAUAUUUAAGAAAACUCAAAUGGACAGUACCAAAUGAAAUGUUAGUAUUGAAAAACAUGUUCCAUGACAAAAUAAAACCAACUACAGAAAUAAAUGACGCAAGA